AUGCUGGUUAAGUGUCUGCAUCAUGGCAUUCCAGAUAAGAUGUUGGGACAACAGUUUUACAUAAGAUUGGCGGAUAAUUUGAAAGCCAAUAUUGAUGCUUCAGUAGGUGGAGCAUUUUUGAGCAAGUCAUUUAGAGAAUGUAAAGUACUGCUAGAUAAAAUGGCUCAAAACUCAGGCUGGGUGACAAGAGACACUACAAUCACCCCUAUAGUUUACUCAGUAGCAUUGGACCCGAACAAUUCCAUUGCCGAGAAUAUGGCUACUCUGAUGAAACAAAUGAGUAUCCUCACCAAGAAGAUUGAUGAAUCAGGCCAGAAGCAAGGUAAAGUAGUACCUUACCAAAGGCAACAUGGAUACAGUCAACAAAAUCAGCAGCUAGCUUAUCAACAACCUCAACAGCAAGAACUAGUGAGACAAGAUGAUGGGUUGCCUGAAAUUAAAGGAAUGCUGCAGCAACUGAUUAGGUCUAAUGGAAAAAUGCAAGAGAAGGUGGAAGCACAUGAGUCAGCAAUAAAAGGCAUUGAGAUUCAAUUAAGGCAGAUAUAUGUUGCUCUGAAUAACCGUCCCCAAGGGACUUUACCUGCGGACACACAUGUCAAUCCGAAGGAGCAGGGCCCGAAUCAGCUUAUAGCGGUGAGCUUGAGAAAUGGUAGAGAUCUUGAUUUAGAGCAAGAAAUUGCUCGUGAGAGCCGGUCAACUGAAACACUUGUGACAUUGCCAAUUGAGUUAGAUGAGUCAACUGAGCUAAUAGAAGUAAGAGUGCAACCAGCCCAAGAGGAAAUAAACAAGGAAAAAGAGGUUGCAGAGGAGACUAAGAAAGUGCAAGAGAAGGCAUUAGAAAAAGUGCCUGAGCAAGAUCUAACUCAAGCUACAGGAAAGAAGCGACCUCCGACACCAUUACCGCAGAGGUUGGUUAAAUAUCAUAAGGAUGAACAGUACAAAAAUUUCAUGGAAAUGCUGAAGGAAAUUCAGACUUGUAGUGUUGUUGUGUCAAGACCUAUAGCUAAGAAGUUAUCCGACCCUGGAAGCUUUACAAUUCCAUGCACCAUAGGCAACUAUGCAAUUGCCAAAGCAUUGUGUGAUUUGGGAGCAAGUAUAAAUAUGAUGUCAUUCUCUAUCUAUAAGACGUUAGGCAUUGGAAGAGCAAGGUCCACAUCUAUGUUACUGCAGCUGGCUACCCGAACGGUGAAAAAGCCAUCAAGUUGGAAAAUUUGUGUUUCCAACAGAUUUUGUCAUUCUGGACUGCAAGACACGGUGGAUGUAAUCAUGGAGGAAGAUGAAGAGGCACUUAAUGCAAAAGACCCUCUAAUAGCCUACCUUAUGAACUUAGAAGAAGUAAAUGGUGAGGACUUGGUGGAAUGGGUGUUGGCUCUUCAAGGGCAAGGGUACUGGAAAAGAGAGCUUGAAUUCGAGCCUUUACACUCGGAAGAAAGAAAGAACCCUCCAGCCAAGCCAUCGAUCGAAGCACCACCAUAA